AUGCUAGCUCGUUUCGCUCUUGCUUCGCUUCUCACUGUCCCAGCGGUCUUGGCCGCUCCAGCUGCCCCAGCUGCCCACCACCAUGAGCGUCGUGACGCUGUCACCGUCAUCCAGUAUGUGGACGGCAGUGGAAACCCCAUCUACACCACGGGCUCUGCUGCCACUUCUGCCCCCGUUGCUACUUCCACCUCGGCCUCGUCUUCCAGCUCCGACUCCGACUCCGAGUCUUCCCCUGCUUCCUCUUCCACUUCUUCUUCCUCCUCCUCUUCUACUUCUUCUUCCAGUUCUGGCUCUGGUUCCUUCCAGGACGGCACUAUCAAGUGCUCCGACUUCCCAACUGACGACGGUGUCGUUCAAUUGCCUUGGGUCGGGCUAGAUGGUUGGGCUUCCGUCAUGGCUCUUGACGGUUCCACCUCCCAGUCGUGCCAGGACGGCUUCUACUGCUCUUACGCUUGCAAGCCUGGUAUGUCCAAGACCCAGUGGCCAUCUGACCAGCCUUCCGACGGCAGAUCUGUCGGAGGUCUCGAAUGCCGCGACGGUUACCUCUACCGUUCCAACACUGACGCUGACAGCUUGUGUGAAGCCGAUCACUCCAGUGCUUACGCCGUCAACAACAAAGACUCGCAGAUUGCUAUGUGCCGUACCGACUACCCAGGCUCCGAAAACAUGGUUAUCCCAACUGUUGUUAAGGGCAACUCCAAACAACCAGUCUCAGUGGUCAACGAGGACUCCUACUAUAAGUGGGGUGGCAAAAAGACCUCCACCCAAUACUACGUCAACAACGCUGGUGUCAGCAUGGAAGAUGGUUGUGUGUGGGGUUCUGAAGGCUCCGGCAUUGGUAACUGGGCUCCAGUAGUCUUGGGUGCCGGUUACACCAAUGGAUGCACCUACUUGUCCAUUAUUCCUAACCCUAACAACAAGGAUGCUCCAAACUUCAACCUCAAGAUCGAAGCUACCGACGGCUCUGAUAUCGUCGGCGACUGCUCUUACGAGGACGGUGUUUACUCCGGUGGCUCUGGAUCUGACGGAUGUACAGUUACCGUCACCUCCGGUUCUGCCAACUUUGUUUUCUACUAG